AUGACCGAGAAUCCUCAUGAUGAGAAACAACUCGCAUAUCUCCAACUGUGGACAUUCUGCUUACGGCGAUUCACUGAUGUGACGAAUUUCACUCCUAGGAAAGAGCUAGGGCACCCGAAACCUCCUCUUAGCCGAUCGAACCAAGCUGUCAUAUGCAAGUUAGCCAGGAUGGCUUUUGAUCUUGGAUUUCGUAUUGAAUUUAUUGAGGAAGCCAUUACAGAAGACCCCAUGGACCUACUUGCCUGUCAUCUUGUCGAAGGCUCUGAAAUUUUACGUCUCAAAAUCCCAGAAAACGAGUGGCGAAAUAUUGCUGCGAUCUUGAGAAAGUCGGGUGCCGGGACAGGCUCUGUGCCAGACGCGCCGAUAUUUACCGAUCAUGAUACCCAGCUAGAUGUCUGCAAGUCUAUCAAGGGUCAAGACCACAGCGUGGUUUCAGGCAUGCUCUGGCGCGGGGCGCAGUCUACAGGAUCCCUGCUCCACUGGGCAAUCGGAGUGCUGGUCCGGCAAGGAGUGUCCUGGCAACAAUACUGUGAGGAGGACACUCCUUCCGGUUCCCUUGUUUGUAAAGCCGCUCUUGGCAACAAUAUGCUGCCAAGAGCGGCUUUACCCCGGGCUAGCAUGUCUGUACCAGUGCAGGAUCAUAUCGCACUACACCAUAUAUAG